AUGAAUUUAAGUGAAGAAUUAGAAAAUAUUCAUUCAUAUAUUUUUACAACAACUGGUUUAUCAAUUCCAUCGAAUGAUAUUCAAUUAAAAAAACAACAGUUAACUAAUUCAAAUAAUAAAAUUAUUGAUACAGCUAUGAAUGAACAUAUAUUAGACAUUGUUCAAGAACAAAUUAAACAAUUAAAACAAUCAUUUAAUAAAGUUUUAGAUCAUAUUAAACAUAAAGAACAAUCAUCAACUAAUGUAACUGUAUCAAAUAAUGAUUUACCUAAUGAAACUAAAGAAUUACAAGAUCAAAUUAUCAAACUGCGUUCAUUAUUAGCAACAAAACGUGAACAAAUUGGUACAUUACGUACAGUUCUCAAAGCUAAUAAACAAACAGCUGAAAUAGCAUUAGCUAAUUUAAAAUCGAAAUAUGAAAAUGAAAAAUUAAUUGUUACUGAAACAAUGUCUAAAUUACGUAAUGAAUUACAAUCAUUAAAAGAAGAUGCAGCUACAUUUGCAUCAUUACGUGCUAUGUUUGCUGCACGUUGUGACGAAUAUGUUACACAAUUAGAUGAAUUACAAAGACAAGUUCAUUCAUCUGAAGAAGAAAAGAAAACACUUAAUUCAUUACUUCGCAUGGCUAUUGAACAAAAACUUGCCUUAACACAAAAACUCGAAGAUUUAGAAGUCGAUAAUGAACGAUCAAAUAAUACUCCAAGUUUUUCAAGACGACUAAUGAAUUCAAAUAAAACAAAUUCAUUAUCUGCUACUUCGGAAGUACCACUUGGAUUAUUAACUAUAGCUUCAAAUAAUAAUACAAGUGGUAAUCGAAAUUCUAAUAAUAAUAAUAAUCCUAUGUCGGAAGUACGACGAGGCAGAUUUAUACCACCGCGAAGUCGUCAACAAAGAAGUGUAGUUCGAUCUACAUCACCACCAUUAUGGUGGUCGUCGACAAGUUUAAUAUGUCAUAUUAAAAGUCGACAUCAUUUUAAUAAAAUUUGUAUUGAAAAUAAAUGGAAAUGGUCAAAUCCAAAUUCAACAACAAUUUUAAUCAAUCAUAAUAAACAAAUUUUGUUUCAUCCAAGAAUAAGUUCAUCAACACAAGUUAUUCUUGCUGAUAGACCAUUACCAUCAAAUGGAAAAUUCUAUUGGGAAAUAUAUAUGCCAGCUGUUUAUGGAACAUCUCUUAUGUUUGGUAUUGCAACUAAAGAACAAAAAUUAACAUCAGAAAAUUUUACUGAUUUGCUUGGAAUUGAUCAACAUGGUUGGUCUUUAUCACAUCAUGGUUUAUUAUGGCAUAAUGGAAUUUCACGUUCUUAUUUAAUGAAACCAUUUGAACCACUACGACCAGUUUUAGUUGGCUUGGAAUUUGAUGCUGAUGUUCGAACACUUUCAUAUACAAUUAAUAAUCAAUCAAUGGGUAUUGCUUUUGAUUCAAUACCAAAGAAUCUAUCAAUUUAUCCAGCUGUAUCAUCAACAAGUGCACAUAGUACAAUGAUUCUUAAACAUUGUUGCCAAAUAUGUUCAUUAUUACGUGAAAUUUGUUUGAAAAUAAUUCGAUCGACAAUAUUAUUAGAUAAUACUAAUUGUCAACAAUUAUUACCUCAGCAUUUGAUUAGACAACUGAUGCGAUAA